GCGCUGCCUAAUAGGCUAAAAGCUCGUUGCACUGCUACUACGCUCUUCCUUCAAAAAGUACAGGCAGUAGUUCCAUGCUUGAACCUUGGCAUCUUUUCCUUGAUGUUCUAGUUGUAAAGAAUGCCUAUCCGUGCCCAUUGUACCAUUUGUUCUGAUUUCUUUGACAACGAGAGAGAUAUUGCGGCUAUUCACUGUGGACACACCUUCCACUACUUGUGCCUUAUCCAGUGGUUUGACACAGCACCAAGUCGGACUUGUCCACAAUGCCGAAUCCAGGUUGGCAAACGACACAUCAUCAAUAAAUUGUUCUUUGAUGUUGCCCUGGAGGAACCGCUGCAACAGGAUGCAGAAAGUCUGCAGAAUGAACUGGACAAGGUGAAAGCCCAGUUAUGUCUGAAAGAGAGGGAGAAGAGAAAUUGCCAGUCUAUUGUGAAUUCACUAAGGGAGACUUUAGAUGUUCGUAAUGCCACCAUUGAAUCACUUCAGAAAGGUGCAUCUGAGAUGGAGAUGCUGUGUUCUACACUUAAGAAACAAAUGAAAUAUCUGGAGCAGGAGCAGGUAGAUGCAAAGAGUGCAAAAGAGGAGGUCCGAAGACUGAGAAAUAAACUGAAAACUAUGGAGAGAAUUGAGACACUGCUACAGGCUCAGCGUCCCGAGGUGGAAGAGAUGAUUCGUGAAAUGGGAGCAGGGCAGGCAGCAAUAGAACAACUUGCAGUCUACUGCAUCUCACUCAAAAAAGAAUAUGAGAAUCUGAAGGAAUCUCAGAAAGCAUCAUUUGAUACAAAGGAGAAGCUAAGGAAAGAGUUGUUCUCUGCUAAUCACAAGCUGCAGAACACUGUUCUAGAGUUGGAGAAAACAGUAGAGGAAUUGAGAAGCACCCAGACAGAUCUAAGAAAUGCAGAUAAAGAGAUAAUGAGUUUGAAAAGGAAGAUAGAAAUCUUGCAAGAUACUUUAAAAGUGCCAUCAGUAACGAGUGAAGCACUCAGCCGACUCAUAUCUGAAAGCCCUGCUCCUCUAGAACUGCUAAACCCAAAGCUCCAUCGGCCUCUUCAUAGUGAUGAAAUUGACUUGAAUGCUACUUUUGAUGUGGAGACACCAAAACAUCAGCUGUACAAGACAGCCCAUGCUCCUGCCAAAAAACUCAAACUAGAUAAAAAGUUGGCACCUGUGACAAAUUUAUCAAGAGUUCUGAAAGAAGCAAUGGAGAACCCAGGUGAGGCAGAUGAUGAAAAUCUAGAAGAUCUUUUACCUGCUUUCAUCAGAAACUCAGUUCUGUCCAAGAAGCCACCUGUAAAUGGCACGCUCAUGCCACAGAGGAACACAGGAAUAAUAAGAACUGGAUAUGAUGGCCUUGGAGGCAGAACCAAGUUCAUUCAGCCUAGUAUCACAGCAGAGAUUCAUCCCCUGCCUGUGAAGUACAAGAAAAGAACCACUGCUAAGCAAACAACAGCAAUGUCUUCUGCUUCCAGUAUUAGUCAGACUAAACUAGACAAUUUCCUUAAGUAACCAUGGAUCUCCUAAAUUAGACAUAGAUCAUUGGAGAUGACGUGCUUACCCCAGGGAGCCAGAACAAAUGCACGGUGGACAGCUUUGUGUUCAUCUGGCUCUUUAUUCUUUUCUGCAGAUUCUACAUGCAGGAUGGACUUUGCUCUGUUGCCAGCCUUUAAUGAGGGGAAAGACUGAAAAGGGCUGGUUUCAAAAUCCCUUCCAGUGUUGCUGCUUUGGAGGCUACUGCUCUGUAUUCUACUCAUAGGAAAUCAUGGGGGGCCUAGCUCCUGAAACUUUGGCAGUGACAAAGUAAUGCUAUCAUAGAUCAUUUGGAAAUAAUCUGUUUCCUAAAGGGCACAUGCAGCUGUUAGCUUCUGUGCCACUGACGUCUUUAUGUUUUAUAUAAGGAGAGAAUUCUGUCUGCACCUAUCAAUAUGUUUUUGCCUGUAUUUUUCAUUUGAGUCUUGUCCUAGAUGAUCUGCUUCCUAUAUCUGGGAGUUAGCUGCUUCUCUCAGAAUAAUUUAUUUCUUGUUUGGGAGUGUGGGAAGGCAUAUGGAUAGAAUUUUCCAGAGUAAGCCUUAGGAUUUCCUUUGAAAAUAGGAACAUUUCAGCUAUUCUUCAAGACUGGAAAUAUUAGGCUCUUAGUAGUUAUUGCUGUAUCUUUGACACAAACCACUUUUGAGCAUAAUAUUCCCAGUUAAAUAUAUCUAUAACAUGCAGAGUUUUUCUAGGUGAAACCAACUUAGUAAGAAAUCAACUUAUUUUGUCUUUGCAUUAAGAGACUAGCAUAAGAGUCUCUUGGCUUAGUUAGCCUAGUAUUUCAAGUCUUAGGGAAUUUUGCCCAAAGGCUUUUGCUCAAUAUCUCCCACCUGAACCCAGAGUUAAAUAGGCCACAAACUUACUAGAAUAAGGGAAAGACUGGACAGAAUUUCCUCUUGGAGCUUCUGAUUGAAAACAUAAACUUCAUACUG